AUGUGUAGUGUGGAAAAAAAUGAUGAUAUUAUGUAUUUAGAAGCAGAACAGUCUGAAUUAAAGGAUAAAGAAUUUAAAUCUGAAGAUGAAGCUUUCGAAGCGUAUAAUGAAUAUGCUUUUAGGAAAGGUUUUGGAAUUCGAAUUGGGAAGAGUAAGAGAAGAAGAGAUGAUUCUUUUUUGAUGAAAAGAUUUGUUUGUUGUAAUGAGGGAUUCAAAGAUAAUAAGUGUAAGAAUAAAAGGAUUUAUGAGAAGUUGGAUCAUCGAACUGGUUGUUUAGCUUUUGUGCAGUUUCAUAUUGAUCAUUUAGGGGUCUAUACAUGUACAAGACAUGAAAUGGUUCAUAAUCAUGCUAUGAUUCCUCCUGAAAAAAGGCAUUUGAUAAGGUCUCAAAGAGAUGUGAAUAAAGAGCAGCUUCUUUUCAUUUCAACAAUGAAAUUGAGUGGAGUCAAAGUUACUGAUUCUUUGAGGGUUCUAAAGAAGGAGGUUGGGGGAUCUCCUAAUCUUUGUUUUACUGCUUCUGAUGCUUAUAAUGCAUUGUCAUCUGGAAAAGCUGCCCAAAUUGAAGGAUGUGAUAGUAACCAAUUGAUUAAAUAUUUUGCCAAGAGACAUGUGGAUGAGGCAGAUUUUUAUUAUGAUUUUGAACAAGAUGAUAGUGGUGCUUUAGUUAGUUUUUUUUUGGCGUGA